CUGCCGGAGGCAGCGGGGCGCGGCUGGCGGGCGUGGUGAGUUCCGGCCACCACCCGCCGCCUGCAGCUCCCGGCCCAGCCCUGUCGACUCCGAAGAUCCGGCUCCGGCCGGCAUCGCUCGCUGCGGGGCCGCGGACUUUCUCCGCUGGAGCCCUGAUCCUAGGGCGGCGACGUGCAGCGUUGAGUCCCCUCGGCCCGGUGACAGUGACAUCGCCGCCCCCGCCUCGCGACCCCCGCCGCUGUGGUGCAGCAUUGCCCGUGAAGCGCGCCGGCGGAGGUCGUGUCCAGGCCCCGGCAGGCCCGGCCGGAGUGCCGCUGGGCAGCUUGGCAGUUAAGCCGGCUGGUCUUCACGGAGGUGUGAAGUAGGCGUGGAGAAGCACGCGCCUGGCCGGCACUGUGCAACGCACUGAACCUGCUGGAACCACAGCGAGCGAGCGAUCCCCUGCGCCUCCCAGCCCGCCUUCCGCUAACAGUCUCCACUCACAUCGUGGAUUUGAAAGACCAGACUGCUGCAUUCUGGAGAUCAUGGUAACAGUACAGGAAACGUGCUUAAUUUCUGCAAGUGGUCAUGACUGUUGAAGACAGACAUUUUUUUAGCUACAGCAAAAUUAAUUUUGGUCCCUUUUAUGGAAAUCCUGAUUUUGUUUCUGAGUCUUGAUAGCUCUUUGCUAAAGUUAUGAACAAGCAAAGAGCUUAUCUGGUUAGGCAAAUGCCCCUUGCUGAGAAUGUCUAGAAGAGGCUCCUCUCUUCCCGCCCGUGCCCACUGGCUGCUCCUAGGUCUGGCUCUGCUCUGCAGCUUGGUGCUGUUUCUGUACCUUCUGGAAUGUGCCCCCCAGACUGAUGGAAAUGCAUCUCUUCCUGGGGUUGUUGGGGAAAGUUAUGGUAAAGAGUAUUAUCAAGCCCUCUUACAGGAGCAGGAAGAACAUUAUCAAACCAGGGCAGCCAGUCUGAAACGCCAGAUUGCCCAAUUAAAGCAAGAAUUACAAGAAAUGAGUGAGAAGAUGAGGUCACUGCAGGAGAGAAGGAACAUAGGGGCUAACGGCAUAGGCUACCACAGCAACGGCGAGCAAGCCCCUGGUGACCUGUUAGAGUUCCUUCACUCCCAGAUCGACAAGGCCGAAGUCAGUGUAGGAGCCAAACUGCCCAGUGAGUACGGGGUUGUCCCCUUCGAGAGCUUUACCUUAAUGAAAGUUUUUCAGUUGGAAAUGGGUCUCACCCGCCAUCCUGAAGAAAAGCCUGUUAGAAAAGACAAACGAGAUGAAUUGGUAGAAGUCAUUGAAGCUGGAUUGGAAGUCCUUAAUAAUCCUGAUGAAGAGGAUGAACAGGAAGAUGAGGAGGGUCCCCUUGGAGAGAAACUGAUAUUUAAUGAAAAUGACUUCAUAGAAGGUUACUAUCGCACAGAGAGAGAUAAGGGCACACAGUACGAGCUCUUUUUCAAGAAAGCAGACCUGAUGGAGUACAGACACGUGACUCUCUUCCGCCCUUUUGGGCCUCUCAUGAAGGUGAAGAGUGAUGUGGUUGACAUCAGCAGAGCCAUCAUCAACAUCAUUGUGCCCCUUGCCCAAAGAACGGAAGCGUUCACACAGUUCAUGCAGAACUUCAGGGAUGUUUGUAUUCAUCAGGACAAGAGGAUCCAUCUCACGGUGGUGUACUUUGGUAAAGAAGGACUGUCUGAAGUCAAAUCUAUCCUAGAAUCUGUCACAAGUGAGUCUAAUUUUCACAAUUACACCUUGGUCUCAUUGAAUGAAGAAUUUAAUCGUGGACGAGGACUAAAUGUGGGUGCCCGAGCUUGGGACAAGGGAGAGGUCUUGAUGUUUUUCUGUGAUGUUGAUAUAUAUUUCUCAGCCGAAUUCCUUAACAGCUGCCGGUUAAACGCUGAGCCAGGUAGAAAGGUGUUUUACCCUGUGGUGUUCAGCCUUUACAACCCUGCCAUUGUUUAUGCCAACCAGGAUACCCCACCCCCCGUGGAGCAGCAGCUGGUUCAUAAAAAGGAUUCUGGUUUUUGGCGAGAUUUUGGCUUUGGAAUGACUUGUCAGUAUCAGUCAGACUUCCUGACUAUUGGUGGGUUUGACAUGGAAGUGAAAGGCUGGGGUGGAGAAGAUGUCCACCUGUAUCGGAAGUACUUACACAGCGACCUGAUUGUGGUGCGGACCCCACUCCCUGGUCUUUUCCACCUCUGGCACGAGAAGCACUGUGCAGAUGAGCUGACGCCAGAGCAGUACCGCAUGUGCAUCCAGUCCAAGGCCAUGAGCGAAGCCUCGCAUUCCCACCUGGGCAUGAUGGUCUUCCGGGAGGAGAUUGAGAUGCACCUCCACAAGCAGGCCUACCGGACGCACAGCGAGGCCGCGGGGUAGCACUCGAAGCGUGCUGCGCGCAGUCUGACUAUAAGCCAGCAGUAUUCGUUCAGCCUUACUUCCUCUUCCAGGCGCCAUGCCUGUCCUGGAGAAGACACAUUUCUUGUGUGCGUUCUGAUGUUUUUGCAAUUCACAGUUACAAGAAGAAAAAAUGAGUGCUUCAGUGCAAAGCCUGCUUUGUGAUGUACUGCUCUGUAGAGUGGUCAACGAAAGGAAAUCAGUGUUUGCCCCAGAAGUAGCUUGGGAUUCAUUUCUACCUGGGGCCUGUGUUGUGAAGGCAGGAUUAUGCGGUGCAGUUGCACCAAGAUGAGGUGGUGAGCUGUGCGGCUGACCUGUAGGACAGCAGCUUCCUGUGGGGUGCAGACCCGCUGCUCCACCUGCCAACCAGCACGUCAGUCAGCCUGCUCCCUCUUUAAAUGAGAGCUUUGCUUGACAGCAUGAAGAAGCAGUGGGUAAUGAAAUGCUGCAUCUGAAAUCCCACCUGGUCGACAGAAGGUAGAAGUAAAGCCCCAUAACCUACUGUUCCUUAGCCUCUAGAGGUCCGUCCCUAAGCAAAUGGGUAAAAGUGCAAAACAGGUUAGAAUAUAAAGUAUAUCACCAUGUCCUGGAUUAGUAGUCAGAGUUGCUGUCAGCUGCUUUGAAUGAAAGUAGUACAUGGAAACAUGUUUAACAGAACACUUGGUACACUGGCGUGCAGGCUACCCGCUGUGUCCCAGGCGGAAGUUUCCAUGAGCCAGACACAUGGGCCUCCUGAGAAGGCGCAGACUGGACCCGAGAGUUUGGUUUCUGCUUUGCCUUUCCUCAUUUAGCAUGGAUUCAUUUAUAUUUAUUAUCCUUCAUUUUCUAAUACGCUAAUAUUUGCUACAUCUGUAUUUGCAUUACUAUAAUACUUUGAGUGGAAAGAGCAUUUCACUAAAGGAGAAGAAGAGGUGCAAGAUCAGUCUGAUGUGAGAGCAAGGAUGGCAACCUAACAGACGUGAGAAUGGCUGUGGCUUUAGAGAAAUAUGUCACUUGCAAACAAGAUGUUUUAAUUCAAGUGUUACAUCAGUGAGACAGGAUGAGUAAGAAGUUACAGUCAGACAGGACUGUACUGCAUUAUUUAUUACACAUGGCCCUUUUACCAUUGGGGCAGUUGCUAUAUCCAGAAACUGGGAGAAAAGGUGAAGGGCAUGCAUAAGCUUGUAACCUUUGCCUUUUUAAAGGGCCCUGAUAUUUGUAUAUAAACCCCCAAAAUUCACAGAAGUAUUGAUGAUAUGAUUUACUGUUUUUGCUCAGUAAGUCAUAUCGUUUGAACUGUUACAAAUUCCAAAUUUCUAGGUGCUACACAAAUCCAAUUUUACAAUAACUAAUUGUUCUUAGAAAUUUUAAGUUGGGAGAAUGUUUCUUAAGUUACAUAAAAGAUAUCUCCAAAGUAAUGCAGGCCAUUGUCUCCUUUUGUAUGCAGCUAUUUAUUAUGAAGACCAGUGAAUUAUGGUAUUAAAAUGAGAGAAUUAAAUUAUUGGCAAAAGUAAAUUGCCAUUUGCCUUUGUGGAAUAAUCAAGCGAUUUUCUUUUUUUUUAACUCCCGUUUUUUAAAACUAGCUUAUAACUUAAAGAUGGAAACAGCACUGGAACUGUCGCUGUGUUUUUGACAUUAAAUGGUACUAAUAAAGUAUUUUAUUACCAAAAGUUAAAUAAAAACCAUGGUAAAUUAAUUACUAUAAAAUCUCAUAAAUACAAAAUAUGCAUAAUAUGCCAUUAUGUACUUCAAGAAUAAUAAAGCAAACACCAGCGCACCACCACCCAGGUGAAGACACAGGCUCUGGGCACCCUUUGGUACCACAUGCCUCGCCCUCUCCACAAUAUUUGACUCGUGUGAUGUUUCCACUUGCUCUUUGUAUUUUUCCCAACUACAUAUGUGUCUCUGCCCAAUAUACUGUUUAAUUUUGAUGUUUUUGAAUUUUCAUAUAUAUAUAUUAUAUAUAUAUAAUUUCAUUAUAUGUUCUCUUGUACUCAGUAUUAAGUUUUAGGGGUUCACCCAUUGUUAAUCUUGAAAUUAGUUCAUUAGUUCAUUAGUUUGUUACUAUGAGUUCAAUAGUAUUCUAUUUUUUUUUUAAUUUUAAAGAGUAAAAGAAGGAUAACAGUAAUAAGAGGGCUUACCAAAUUACAGACAAAGUGGUGGGAAAUUAUCAAUGGUUGUUGUUUUACAUAUUAUCAUCUACAAGAUAGCUUCUCAGAAUAGUAUUCUAUUACUAAUAUACGGUGAUACUUUAAAAUUCUA